GUAACGUCACUCCGUUUUUCCGUAGCACUGGAUAUCCCGUAAAAAACAAAAUUAGUCAAUUUUCACGUUCCGAGCGGUCGUUUGGUUUUUUCCUCUUAACCUACUAUAACAAUGUCUUCGUCCUCUAAUGAUCUUUGCGUUCAUACGGACCAUUUAUCAUACUCUUUUGCACCAAACCUUCCGUUAAGUCUGCACGAUGUUUCUGUCAAGUUCCCAAAAGGCUCCAGAACACUUCUUGUUGGUGCAAAUGGUGCAGGAAAAUCGACCCUGUUGAAACUGUUAGCAGGAAAGACCAUUGCAAACGCAGGAAAGAUUACAGUUAACGGCAGUGACCCCUUUAGAGAGACGAACAGUGGUAUCAUCUAUUUAGGCACUGAAUGGGUAACGAACCCAGUUGUUCACCGUGAUAUGGAUGUCGUUCGUCUGAUUGCUUCUAUUGGAGGUGAUCUCUAUCCUGAACGUCGAGACAAGUUAAUCAAGAUGCUCGACAUCGACCUUCGUUGGAGAAUGCACGCAGUUUCGGAUGGAGAACGUCGUAGAGUCCAAUUGUGCAUGGGUCUAAUUCGUCCAUUCGAGGUCUUGUUGCUUGAUGAAGUUACUGUCGAUUUGGAUGUUUUGGCUAGAUACUCUUUGCUUGAAUUCCUGAGAGAGGAAACACAAUCGAGAAACGCUACUAUCGUAUACGCUACUCACAUCUUUGAUGGUAUUGGUGACUGGCCUACACAGUUGGUUCAUCUCUCUUUAGGAAGAAUAGUUCACUACGGUCCCAUUUCCGAGCUGGUAGAUUCCAGCAUCGUUUCACAAAAAGGCAACAGCAGACUGCUGGAAGUGUGUCUUUACUGGCUUCAACAAGACAGAAAGCUACGUGGCGAUCGAGGUCAGGAGAAUCGUGCUACAUGGGAUGAUGUGAAAGAACAUCUGAACGUUGGUAUCAAUGUCUUCACCGAUUACUUCAAGCGCUCUCGCGGCUUGUAAACCUUAUCUGCUUUUGGUCAUGAAAUUCAUAUCAUUCUUUAAAACUCUGCUCGCUUUCGCUUGCCAGCAAGCUGUCGAGCAAGCCAUGUGCUGUUUCAACAACAGUGAACCGUUUCCUUUGCGUGACAAAUAAACUUUCGUUUGUCAUAAUGCGUGGAUUAUUACCAUUCAUAGUUUCCGUUCCCCUCUCUAAAUCUUGUUUUUUCGUCUGUGGGGACCUGCUAGAGUUGCACAGACCCGUUUUUAGCUUUUCCAAUAAA